GAAAAGAGCGAAAACAAAAUAAUAUUUCUUGGAAGAAAGAAAAGCAAAAUAAAAAUUUUAAUAAAAGUUUAGGAAAAGGUUGACUUGUUCUUCCCCGCUCUGCGCUUGCUCUCUUCUCUCUCACAACCAAAGUCGUACUAUUACAUCCCUCAGGACGUUUUGUUUGUAACUCAUGGAGCGGUUGACAUCUCCUCCUCGUCUCAUGAUAGUCUCAGAUCUUGAUGAUACAAUGGUUGAACAUCGCAAUGAUAAUGAUAAUCACUCUUUGUUGAGGUUCAACUCAUUGUGGGAGGAAGCUUAUCGCCAUGACUCUCUUCUUGUUUUCUCAACGGGAAGAGCAAAAACAAUGUACAAGAAACUGAGGAAAGAGAGACCAUUGUUAACUCCUGAUGUUAUCGUUACAUCCGUAGGAACUGAGAUAUCAUAUGGUAAAUCAAUGGUUCCCGAUGAGAACUGGGUUGAGAUCAUGAACAAUAAAUGGAACCGAGGAAUUGUCGAAGAAGAAACCAGCAAGUUCCCUGAGUUAACUCUUCAGGCAGAAACUGAGCAGAUGCCUCACAAGCUUAGCUUUCACGUUGACAAAAGUAAAGUCAAGGAAGUAACCAAGGAGCUAUAUCAACGGUUGGAGAAACGCGGGUUGGAGAUCAAAAUAAUCUUCAGUGGAGGAAUAGCUCUAGAUGUUUUGCCAAAAGGUGGAGGAAAAGGACAAGCUCUUGCUUAUCUUCUAAAGAAGCUCAAUACUGAAGGGAAACUUCCUCUUAAUACUCUUGUUUGUGGUGACUCCGGAAACGAUACUGAACUAUUUACUAUUCCUAAUGUCUAUGGUGUCAUGGUAAGCAAUGCACGAGAAGAGUUGUUGGAGUGGUAUGCUGAAAACGGGAAAGACAAUUCGAACAUAAUCCAUGCGAGUGAGAGGUGUGCGGGUGGGAUUAUAGAAGCGAUAGGCCAUUUUAAGCUCGGCCCCAAACUUUCUCUGAGAGAUGUGUCUGACUUCUUGCAGUGCAAGUCGGAUAAUGUGAACCCGGGUCAUGCAGUUGUGGAGUUUUUCUUGUUCUAUGAGAGAUGGAGACGAGGUGAAAUUGAGAAUUGUGAAGCAUACACAAAAAGUCUUAAAGCUUCAUGUGAUCCUGCUGGUGUCAUUGUUCAUCCAUCUGGUGCUGAAAAAUCACUCAGAGACACUAUUGACGAGCUUGGGAAGUACCAUGGGGACAAAAAAGACAAGAAGUUCCGGGUUUGGACAGAUCAGGUUCUGGCAACAGAAACUACUCAUGGGACUUGGAUUGUAAAGCUUAAUAAAUGGGAACAAACUGGGAAUGAAAGGAAAUGCUGCACAACAACCGUCAAAUUCACCUCAAAGGAAAAUGAAGGGUUUGUGUGGGAAAAUGUGCAGCAAACAUGGUCGGAAGAAUCAGAGGUGAAAGAUGAUAGCAACUGGAUAAUCUGAACUGCUAUUAUCUUUUUGGCUUUUACCAUAUAGCAUCUUAUUAUUGGUUGAAUAAAACUUGCAUUCAAAAGUGCCAUUUUAUGCGUUUUGGAGUCACCUAUGUAUUGCCAUAAAAUAAAAUAAAAACAUGUAUUAUGGUUCGUUCGGUACACUAUAUUCCAAAAUUUUACAAUUCUAUGAUUUCAUAAUGUUACUU